AUUCCCACUACCCAAAGCAAAGCAACUCCACAUUUCCCCCCUCACACAACAAACCCCCAAACUAGAGAGAGAAACCAACACCAAACAAAAUUUAGAGAGAGAGAGAGUUAUAGAGAGAGAAAAACUCCCCCAGAAGUCAUCAAACGCCAUGGAUUCUCAGAUCUAUGGCGUCGUCCUCUUCCUCACCUUUCUCGCCGUCUCCUCCACUUCUGCAAUGCCGGAGAAUCCAUCCACCGCUAAUCCGACGGCUCAGAUUAACUCCAACUCAGUCCUUGUGGCGCUUCUGGAUUCUCACUACACCGAGCUGUCGGAGCUGGUGGAGAAAGCCCUAUUGCUCCAAACCCUAGAACAAGCCGUCACCCGCCACAAUAUCACAAUCUUCGCUCCCAGAAAUGAGGCUUUGGAGAGGGAUUUGGACCCUGAAUUCAAGCUGUUUUUGCUGGAGCCGCGGAAUCUCAAGUCACUCCAAAAUCUGCUGCUGUUCCACAUGAUUCCCUCUCGCAUUGAGUCCAAUCACUGGCCGUUGGAGAAGAAGAUGAAGAAGUCCGUCUUCCACGCCAGCCUCUGCCGCGACGCAAACGGCGAGAGGAUUCAGCUGAUUGUACAGAAGAACGGAGAUAAGGCCGUGAGCACCGCCAGGGUUAUCAAAUCCGACGACAUCGUCCGCCCCGACGGCGUCAUCCACGGCAUUGAGAGGCUGCUCAUCCCCAAAUCCGUCCAGCAGGAUUUCAACGCCAGGCGGAGCCUCGCCGCCACCUCCGCCGUCAUCCCGGAGGGCGCGCCGGAAGUCGACCCCAGGACCCACAGGCUGAAGAAGCCCGCCCCUCCGGUCUCCGCCGGCGCGCCGCCGGCUCUCCCCAUCUACGACGCGAUGUCGCCGGGCCCAUCCCUCGCUCCGGCUCCGGCUCCAGGUCCCGGCGGGCCCCACCACCACUUCGACGGCGAGAGUCAGGUGAAGGACUUCAUCCAAACCCUCCUGCAUUACGGCGGGUACAACGAAAUGGCGGAUAUCCUGGUGAAUCUGACGUCAUUGGCUUCUGAGAUGGGGAGAUUAGUUUCCGAGGGCUACGUUCUGACCGUGUUGGCCCCGAACGACGAAGCCAUGGCGAAGCUGACUACGGACCAGCUGAGCGAACCAGGUGCGCCGGAGCGAAUCAUGUACUACCAUAUGAUUCCGGAGUAUCAGACGGAGGAGAGUAUGUACAACUCCGUUAGGAGAUUCGGGAAGGUGAAAUACGAUACGCUGAGAUUGCCGUACAAGGUUGUGGCGGAGGAGGCCGAUGGGUCGGUCAAAUUCGGGCAGGGCGAAGGAUCCGCUUAUCUAUUUGACCCGGAUAUCUACACCGACGGGAGAAUCUCUGUUCAGGGGAUUGACGGUGUUCUGUUUCCGCCGGAGGAAACUACCGCCGCCCCCAAACCUGCACCUUCUGCCAAGAUUGCUUCAAAGCCAAGAAGAGGGAAAUUGUUGGAAAUGGCUUGCACGAUGCUUGGGGCUGUUGGAAGUAGCUGUCAUUAAAAAUUUCCCACCUUUCCAAAAAAAAAAAAAAAUUUAAAAAAAUAAAAUAUUUUUAGAAAUGAAUAAAUGAAGGGGCAGAAACACAAAGAUGCACAAAAGGUUGUUUAGGAUGAGCAUGUGGAAGACAAACAUAAAGGGGUGGAGAUAGUUGCGUCUGUCCCUCAACACCCCCAACAAGAGAGUUUUUUAUUUUUAUUUUUUUAAUUUUUAUUUUUGAUUUUGUUUUUUAUUUGUUAUUUUGCUAUAAAUACUGUAAUUACAUAUCAAUUUAUUUUAUUUGUAUGUAAGUUUGUUCCACCGACAGUGUAUUUUUCACAAAACAAAAAUAUACAGUCCUUUUGAGGAAUAUAUAUAUAUAUUGGUACCACUAGACUACUAGUGGGUUGAUGAAUGAUAGCUGAGUUUUGCCUUUUGCCU